AUGGUGAGUGAAACAAUUUGCCUUAAGUUUCUAGUUUCUGACUAUUCUCAAGACACCGUUCGCCGUCCUAGCUGGUACGCUGCGCGCUGUGUUGUUAGCGCUGGCUGCUGUGCUAUUCGCGUCCUCUGUGCUGCGUUGUCCAAUGUGCUGCGAACCCUUCUGGCCGACUCGAAGUCUGUCACUACCGUGGGUGUGAUCGCCUUUCUCGCCGCUACGAAGGAAGAUGCCUAA